CCUGCCUCCUCUGUUCCACAUCUGUGAGUAAAACACUUUCUUUCCACCCGCUUUUCUAAUUCUGAGUUUAAAUUGUUGACUUGCAGGAACUGAAGGGAAAGGAAGUGAAUCUAAGGAGGGUGCAGACUCUGGAAAGGGUUUUAGAAGGGGAGAUUUUGCAGACAGAAAGCUCAAACCAAACAUCACAUCAAGAUCUGACAGAGUCGCUUGAUUUAUUGGGGCCUGAAAAAACAUCACACCCUUCACAGUGGGGAGAGACUGUACACGUGUUCUGUGUGAGGACGGGGCUUCAACUGAUUGUUGAACCUGGAAAGAUACAAGGGCACUGGCACCAUGGAGAAACCAUGGAAAUGUGGAGACUGUGAGAAGGGAUUCAGAUCCCCAUCAGAGCUAGAGAUUCAUCGACGCAGUCACACUGGGGAGAGGCCAUUCACCUGCUCUGAGUGUGGGAAGGGAUUCAGUAAUUCAUCCAACUUAUUGAAACAUGAAGGUGUUCACACCGGCGAGAGACCAUUCACCUGCCCUGACUGUGGGAAGGGAUUCAGAACCCUAUCUAAGGUGGAGAUUCAUCGACGCAGUCACACUGGGGAGAGGCCAUUCACCUGCUGUGAGUGUGGGAAGGGAUUCACUCAUUCAUCCAACCUCCUGACACACAAGCGAGUUCACACCGGGGAAAGGCCAUUCUCCUGCUCUGAGUGUGGGAAGGGAUUCAGUGAUUCAUCCACCUUGCGGAAGCAUCAGCGAGUUCACACUGGGGAGAGACCAUUCACCUGCUCUGAAUGUGGGAAAGGGUUUACUCGGUCAUCCAACCUGCUGAUGCACCAGCGUGUUCACACCGGGGAGAGUCUAUUCAUCUGUUCUGAGUGUGGGAAGGGAUUCAGUAAUUCAUUCAACUUGCAGACACACCAGCGGGUUCACACCGGGGAGAGGCCAUUCAGCUGUUCUGAGUGUGGGAAGGGAUUCACUCAUUCAUCCGCCCUACGGACCCACCUGCGAGUUCACACUGGGGAGAGGCCAUUCAUCUGCACCAUGUGUGGGAAGCGAUUCACUCAGUCAUCCAGCCUGCUGGCACAUCAUGUCACUCACACCAAUGAGAGACCCUUUAAAUGCUCUGAUUGUGGAAGUAGCUUCAAAAUCGCUGCAGAUCUGAGAGUGCACCAGCGCAUUCACACUGAGGAGAAGCCAUUCAGCUGCUCUUACUGCAUAAAGAGGUUUAGAACGUCAUCCAGCCUUCGGAUACACCAGCGAGUUCACACCGGGGAGAGGCCGUUCACCUGCUCUGAGUGUGGGAAGGGAUUCAGUGAUUCAUCCACCCUGCAUACACACCUGCGAGUUCACACUGGGGAGAGACCGUUCACCUGCUCUGAGUGUGGGAAGGGAUUCCGACGGUCAUCACACCUGCUGACACACCAGCAAGUUCACACUGGAGAGAGGCCAUUCAUCUGCCCUGAGUGUGGGAAGGGAUUCACUAAUUCAUUCAACUUGCGAACACAUCUGCGAGUUCACACUGGGGAGAGGCCGUUCACCUGCACCGUGUGUGGGAAGGGAUUCACUCAGUCAUCUCACCUACAGACACACCAGCGAGCAUUGAUGUCCUUGGAGUAA